AUGACCAUUCUCUUUUUCUUUAAAAUUUCUUUUUUUUCUCUUGAAUUCUUUUUUCUUUCUUUCUUUUUUUCUCCCACAAAAUAUUUUCUUUUUCUUUCUUUCUUUUCUUUCUUCAUAUUCUUUUUUUCUUUCUUUCUUUCUCUUGAAUAUUUUUUCUUUCUUUCUCUUCAUAUUAUUUUUUCUUUCUUUAUAUAUAUUUAUAUAUUUUCUUUUCUUCUUUUUCUUUUUCUUUUUCUUUCUUUCUUUCUUUCUCUUCAUAUUCUUUUUCUUUCUUUCUUUCUUUCUCUUCAUAUUCUUUUUCUUUCUUUCUUUCUUUCUCUUCAUAUUCUUUUUCUUUCUUUUUUUUUCUUUCUUUUCUUUCUUUCUCUUCAUAUUCUUUUUCUUUCUUUCUUUCUUUUCUUACAGCCCAUUUGUUUUUUUCAGAGAAUUUUUUUUCCUUUCUUUUCUUUCUUUUUUUUUUUUCCAUAUUAUUUUUCUUCCUGGGUUUUGUUUCAUUUCUUUAGAGAGGAAAAGGAAUUUUUUUUGUUUCUUUAUUACAACCUUUCUUCAUCUUGUUUUUGCCGAUUUGAGAUGAAUAUUUCGAUUACUCACCUAUACGUCGAUUAUUGA